AUGUUAUUCACAGCCAAUAUAUUAACACCAUCACCAUUAUUAUUAUCUAUCGAUGUAAAUCAUUUUGCAGCUGAUCCAACAGCACAGCUGAUCUCAUUAUUAAUACCUUCAUCCUCAUCGAUAUCAUCAUCCUUGUCAUCUAUUACUAUUGAUAAACCAGCAACUACUUCUUCACCGAUUCUUUCACCAUCAACAUCUUGA